GCGUGUGGAGGGGCCAUUUUCGGGGGAGGUCACCUUCCGGGACCCUCCUCGUCAUCCUCAUCUUUCUCCUCUUCUUCAGCGGAGCCGGGAGCUUCGAGGGUGGCGUCUGAGAGGAGCCGGCGAUGGCGUGGCUCGGGGUGCUCCGUGGCAAUUGGCGUUUGGGAAUAUAAAGUCUUGGAAAUAGCCGGCCGAGCUGCUUUGGAUCGUGUUGAAAAUGCUGGGAGAGAAAAAGCAGUUAACGGUGAAAAGAGAUCUUUACACAGACCCCACGUUUCCAGCCAGCGACGCCUCUAUAUUUUUUAAUUACCGCACCCCGCUUGCCCAAUUCAGAGGCGAGAUAUCUUGGUUGAGACCUCAGGACAUUUGUUCUACUCCUCGGUUAUUUUCAAACAAUCUGCAGGAUGUGCAAGUGAAACAAGGAAUCCUGGGAGAUUGUUGGUUCCUGUGUGCCUGUGUAGCUUUGCAGAAGAGUAAAUACCUGCUGAAUAAGGUAAUCCCUCCAGGUCAGCCCAGCUGGACAGAUGAGUCAUAUCGAGGCUGUUUCACUUGUCGAGUCUGGCAGUUUGGACACUGGGUAGAAGUAACCAUUGAUGAUCGUUUGCCUUGCCUUGGUGGUAAACUCUGCUUUUCCCAGUGUCAGACAGAAGAUUUGUUUUGGCUUCCACUGCUGGAAAAGGCUUAUGCAAAAGUGCAUGGAUCAUAUGAACAGCUGUGGGCAGGACAGGUGGCAGAUGCUUUGGUUGAUCUGACUGGAGGCAUUGCUGAAAGAUGGACCCUGAAAGACCCUGGAAGAAAUGUAGAGAAAGAGAAGACCGGUAUGGUUUUGAAGAAAGAAUUGUUUAGGAGAUUAAUGAAUCUGAAGGAACAAUGCGUAAUAAGCUGCUCAGUCCUCAAUUCCAGACAAGGUGCAAGUGAACUAGGAGAAUUUCAUGCCUUUAUUGUGAUAGACAUGUUGAAUCUUUCUGAAGUGUCAGGCAAGGAAAUUGUCCUGCUGCGAAUACGAAAUCCCUGGGGGAGGCGGUGCUGGAGAGGUCCCUGGUGUGAGGGUGGUCAAGGGUGGAGCCAACUAGAUCCGGUAGUUGCCUCAGAACUGCUCUCCCAGAUCCAAGAGGGAGAAUUCUGGGUUGACGAAGAGGAAUUUUUCAGAGAAUUUGAUGAGAUUACCAUGGGCUUUCCAGUCAACGAGGAAGGACAACUUCAGAGCCUUUAUACAGAGAAAGUGCUCUAUCACUCUCAGAAUCUUUUUGGAUCCUGGGUGAAAGGCCAGUCUGCAGGUGGCUGCCGUAACAACAGCAGCUUCCCUACCAACCCUAAGUUCUGGCUGAGAGUCUGUGAGAAGAGUGAGGUGUGCAUUGCUCUGCUGCAGAAACACAGGAAAUACAGUGCUGACUGGGCUGGAAGAAUUCAAAAUCUAACUCACUUAGUAGAGAAAAAUCUGUCCUUGACUGAAGGCAUGCAGGUGAAGAAUUAUCAGGCUGUGGGAUUGCAUGUCUGGAAGGUGGAGAAGAAACGAUUUAACCUUCCAAAGACCCUCUCUGCUCCUCCAGUUGUAGGUACCAUCUGCCAUUCGUAUGAUAGAGAAGUGCAUGUAUGCUGUGACCUUUCACCUGGGUACUAUCUUGUUGUUCCCAGUACUUUUCUAAAAGAUGCAGUAGGGCAUUUCUUGCUUCGUGUAUUUUCAACAGGAAGAAUCUCUCUCAGUGAGGUAAAACCACCACCACCAGAUGCUGCCCUCUCUGAAGAACUCCCAGCAGGUGAAUGGGAAACAGUGCAGCUGCAGGGAUGCUGGAAAAAUGGGCAAAGUGCUGGAGGUAGCAGGAACUUCCCCUCCUUCCAUAUCAAUCCCUGCUUUCCCCUCUCCAUUCCUGCAGGACCAGGAAAAAGCAGUGUGAAAGUUACUCUCCGUCAGCACUGCCAAGAUAGCAAGUGUCGUCCGAUAGGUUUCCAUAUUUUCCAGGUGCCUAACAGCAGUUGGAAACCAAGUACUUCCUCUUUUCUACACUUGGAGCCACUGGUUAGCUGUGUACCUCACUGCUAUUCACAGGAAGUAAGCCAACUUUGCAGGCUUCCUGCAGGAAGUUACGUAAUUAUACCAUCCACAUACUUGCCCAAUACAGAAGGCAAUUUUACAGUGGUCAUAGCAAUCAAAAUAGACAGGAAACGCAUUCACAGCCGAGAGACACUUGGACAAGUAUUACAAGAGGUUUCAUUUACAACUGUGAUGAAAAGGUAAUCUGGAAUUCUCAUGGUGUCAUUUUGAGAAACCUUGGAAAGCUGAGGAAUGCUUCACUUCUUGCUGGUUUUGGUUUUGAAUGGGAUAAAAAGAAGAUACUCAUUGCCCUGUUGAUUUUCCAAUGGUACCAACUGUCAGGCCUACAACGGCAUCCUUGUAAAAAUACCUCCUUAAUCAUGUACACUCUGAACAUGUUCUUCCCAUGUGUUUUAGAACCAGCAUUGUACAGUGAAUCUUCAUAAUGUACCUCAGUUCUUCACAGAUACGGGUGGAGAAUAUGUGCAUGUUUUAACCCAAGCUGCAGUUUUAGAAGAAAACCAGAAAUUGUAGGUGCAUAAUGGAGUAAUAUUUGGUGGGAAAAAAAAAAAAAACAAGCUUACAGAAGGAGACCAAACUUAAGGAGACCAAAGGGUAAACAUGAAGGAAAGAAACUGGAGUCUUUAUUCAGGUAGGACAUACCUCAAGAACCAUCAAAAUACACUGGAGUACAGAACGUUCCUACACUGCCAGUCAUGCUGCCGAGCACUUUAUUGUGGGCCCUUUGCUGCACCAUGCAAAUCGUAGGGUGAAAAGAAUUUUUUUUGGUGAGUUUUUCUUUAAUGAAUACCACCGACAAAAGAGAUACGACUUGAAAACUUUUGUUUAUGGACUACCGUGUCAGACUGCUUUUGUAAAUCUGUCAGAAUGUAUUUUAUGCAAGAUCUGCCCUCACUGUAAGAAAUACGAAAUUUAAGAGACUUUUCUUAAUUUCUGUUAGAAAGUAUUUCUUAUUCAAGGAAGAUUUUUUAGAUGUUAUAUUUUCCUCAAUAAAAAUGGAGUAAUGUUAAAAAGUUUUAAAAAUUCUUUUAUUAAAAAGUUGAAAACUUGUCAAUGAUGUCAUGUCUUUUUGUUCUACAAUUUUCACUAAAUGGAAGGUGAUAAAUGGAAAUACUGGGAGAAUAAGGCUUUCCUUUAUUUGUAUGUCUGAGAAAUAAGUAACUUUCAGCUUUUGCUUUUAACUACAUUCUAGCAUAAUUUAUACUCAUCCCUACUGCACCUUGAAAACGGAGAGCACCUAGGAUGCUCACGGCUGCAUUUUAAGUCAUCAAAACUUUCCACAACCUGUUGUGGAAGUAUGGGACAAUGAAAGAAAAGCCCCUGUUGGUAAUAAUUCUCUACUGUGCUUGCUUUAACAAAUACUGUCAUCUUCAUUAUUUUCUUUGAUCGUUGAAAUGCUGUUACUUUCCCUUGAAAUAGCAAAUUACUGGAUGAUAUAAUGGUGUUUCUAAGUAGAAGAAGGGAAGUUCAUGAGGACACCUAGAUCCAUGACGUGACAAAAUAGUGAACAGGUACUGAAGUAGUAAUGUAAAAAAGGUGCAAGUAUUUCUAAAUUGAGUAUGAUUAUAAGAGAUCCUAUUCUGCAUAAAUUUAUGCAUUUGUGAAGCUUAUAUACUACAAGAUGCAGUGCUUCCAGGGAGUGUGAAAGGAAAAGAGCCAAAACUUAGUCUGUAUAACCUGGUAUCUUUCACAGAAGGUUGCAAGAGAAGGCCUUCUGCGAAUGCAGAGGAGUAACAGCAUACUGAAGCAAAGCUUUUUUCAGGCAUCCUUGCUGCGUCAGAACAUUUGUGUCAUUUUAAGUGUGAUAUGUGACUGAGCACACAUGCAGGGAAAGCUUGGUACAGGUUGCUUCUCUAAAAUGCUACAUCUGAUUCCACUGCUAAAGUGAGUGUGUAAGUAUGUUUUUUGGUAAUGUUUUCAAGUAUUUAUAUAUACCUAAGACUUCAUUAUAUGAGCUUUGCUAAGUAAACUUAUUUUAAUUUCAAAAAGCUCAACUGUAUGAAGUCAGACCUCCUAAAUAAAAAUACUUCUAUAUUA